GAUGAAUUAAUUGCAAUGAGGGCAGAUAUUUUCAUCGAAAAUACGAUUACAUGAAAACAGAAGUAUAGAGUAAUAUCGUCAUAGGAUGAUUGGAAAUUUAGAGGCAACUAAGAAAAUGCAGAUCGCAAAGUUAUUAAGGUUGAAAAUGUUUGACCUUUAUCUGUCGAGAUUGACAUCAUUUAUAAUUCUGUCUUGAGAAGAAAUGAGUUGGAAAGUAAAUGUGAUCGGUUUAUAUAUGGUCGGUUUAUAUCGAUAUAAGGAACAAGGAUUAAAGGGUCGAUAAAAAUAUUUGAUGAAAAUAGAAAACAUUUUGUGUACCGUUUUUCAAUAAAAAUCAAAAAUUGAAGUUGAAAUGAAAUUGAAAUCAAUGAAAUAAAUAGUUGGAUUUUUGUUGUUAAAAAGGAAGGGUGAAAAAUAAAUGAUAAAGGUCCAUGUGCGCUUAAUCAUUUUCCUUUGGUUGCGCAUCGUUCCUUUUAGAGUUUCUAUAGAUAUGUAUGCGUGUUGUGUACGCGCAAGUGUAUUGUCUCUGGUAAUACUCAUUUCUUCGAUUCGUAAAAAGGGGAGUCUUGUUAGGAGGUACUGCGCAGUGAAGCUGUUGUUUUUUAACCAGUUGUAUUAAAAAAAAAAACAAGAGCAAUAAUAAUCGCCUCCUUGUGUGUGUUUCGCGCUUGGUAGUGUAAACGCCGGUAAUGAGUGUUUAUACUGGAACGACUGUAGCGAUAUCGACGACGACGACGACGACGACGACGACGGCGACGACGACGGCAACAGCAACGGCAACAGCAACGGCAACGGCAACGACGACGACGACGACGACAACGGCGACGACAACGACAGCAACAACGACAACGACAACGACAACGACGACGGCAACAGCUUCGGCGUCGGCGGUUCUACUGUCGCCAGAUUCCGCCAACGGUUGGAUUGAAUUUUGUGAAAGACACGCCCGUGCCUCGGCCUCUGACUUUGCCAAGGCUUUCUGCACUUAUGUCAGCCUAAAUCUACCUGAAAGUGCAAGAUCAACUUUAUCUCAUCGUGAUUUUCUCAGAAAGUUUGUCGAUAGUUUCUGCGAACACUUUGAGAGCGAAUACUUGCGUCGUACUGUUAGAUCACUAACUGCAUAUGAUGUUCGACAAACAGCGCUCACUGAAAGAGAUCCAAAUGCCAUAUCUCAAAAUAACAAUGCUCCAAUUCGUGCUUCGUCGCAUGAAGAAUUUAGCGAUUACUCUGAACACGAUGGUGAAACGGUAUCACCUAAGCCAGUUCACAAACCUUUCUUUCGCCGAUUGUCGUUUAAAGGACUUAAAAAAGGAAAGAGUUUCUUUCACAAACAGCAGAGCGACGAAGUAGAAUUGUCUCAUAGUGAACACCGUAGAGAUAAACAUUCGAAAACUAAACUUUCUAAAAUUGUUGUUGAAUGUAGAAAAGAGGGUAUUGUUAAUUCUUUGAUGGGGGAAUACAUAGAUGGAACUCAAAAAUGGGAAAAAUCUAGAUUGGCAUUGAUAAAAGCAAUCGGAGGUUAUAUGCUAGAAUUUUAUUCUCCUCCCAAAGCAGUCAAACCGCGCAGCGGCGUUUUUUGUUCCGCAAUAACUGAAGCCAGAGAAACCACAGCACUUGAAAUGCCAGAUCAUGAAAACACAUUUGUUUUGAAAACACAAAAUAUGGAAUUUGUAAUAGAAGCUUAUGAUUCUAAUGAUAUGAAAUCUUGGCUGGCUACUAUUAAAUAUUGCAUGCGUACUGUACAGCAAAAUUCUACCACGCCUGUCUCUGGUACACGAGAUUCAAUAGCAGAUUCUUUAGGACAUGCUUCUACUAUUGGAAUUAGUAGCGAAGGUGAUAGACUAAGGGCCAAUUCGGCAAGUAAAGGUUCUCGAAUAACAUCUCAUGAGCCAAAUACAGAGGAAGCAUUAUCCAAUCCACCGGAAUUGCCUCCAAGAUUACGUAUGCAAAGUAGCAGUAAUUUGGAAUUAUGCUCGUCGCAACAAGAAAUUGAACAAUUAGCUGCAAAUGACGGUGAGCUAGAUUUAUCAAGUAGCUUACGAGAGUAUCCUUGGUUUCAUGGUACACUGCCACGUUCAGAUGCAGCACAGCUUGUUUUGCACAGUUCUGCUAAUGGCCACGGUGUUUUUCUUGUUCGCCAAAGUGAAACACGAAAAGGAGAAUUUGUAUUAACAUUUAACUUUCAGGGAAGAGCAAAGCAUUUACGCAUGACAUUGAACGAUCAAGGCCAUUGUCGUGUCCAACAUCUUUGUUUUCCGGCGAUAUACGAUAUGUUAGAACAUUUUCGUCAAAAUGCCAUACCUCUUGAAUCUGGUGGAACUGCAGAUGUUACUCUAACAGAAUUCGUGGUGGCUAAUCCUGCUUAUCGAACGGCGCAUCACCAUAUGAUAGGCGUAAUGCAACAGUCGCAAGAAAGAAGACCUCCGGUAGCUCCAGAGCCCAGAGAAGUAAGAGUCAGCAGUGGAAGUCUAACUCCUCUUGAAUGAGCGCGAGUGGCCAACACCCACAGUCUGAAGUCUGAUUUACAGACAGUACACACAUAUGGAGGUUCUAUAAGAACACGUACUGAGUCCUUGGAAAGACUGGAACAACUACAUAACAUUGCAGAGCAACUAGGUUCAACGUCGACCACUGGCAGAGCGGUUCAAAAUACGUAUAGUUUUCUCUGACGAUGGAUAAAUUAUAAUUUUUAUCGUUAGAACAGUAUUUUAUUUCUUUCAGAACUAAGUUGCACUGAUAAGACAAACUAAAAAAAUCGAAAUUCUUACUGAAACAUAUAUGUUCUAUAUAUAAAUAUUUUGAACGAGUAUACCUUCUUCAAGAGCACUUGUUGCAUUGUUUAAGAUUUCAUAUUUUGCCAAUUCAUUUUAUUAUAAUCAAGAGUAUAUGAUUAAUAACACAAUUUUUUUAUCCCUACAGUUAGAUGCUAACAAUUACGUCAUUUUUUUAUUAAUAUGAAUUUUACAUUUAAUAUCGAGUUUUUUUAAUCAUAACAAUUGAUUACAAUAUUGAUCCAAUAUUCAUUUCUAAAGUAAUGUAUUAUAUUCUGCAAUAUAUUAGAAUGUUAAACUUAAGAUAGCAUUUAUAGCAACUUUUGGAUACUUGAUUUCAUAUUACGAAACAUGGAUUUUUGAAAAAACAUAUAUAUUAGGGUAGAAAUUAAUUCGGUGUCUUUUUUAAACAAUCAUUACUUCUGUUCGAAUUAAAAUUUUUUACCGCUCUUGAUGCCAUCUAAAACCACUUAUCAUCCUCUGUACGAAUUACUAUUAUAUCAAAACAAUUAAAAACGUCAUAGGGUAUCAAAUACGCCAUUGAUUGCUUUUCAUAGUUUUAAAUGAAAAAAUCGGCUUUUUGUUAAACUACUGACAUGAUUUGUCAGAGAUUGUUAUUAGGAAAGAAUGCUCUAACUUAUAAAACGUGCAAAAAGUUCAUUUACCGACCAUGAAACAAGGCACGCUAUUUUGCAACAUGAAAAAGCUCCGCCAUAUGUUGCUUUAGGCACGUGGAACUCCAUUUAUACCUUGGGAUGAGAAGUUCUCCCUUAUGCUGCUUACUCUCCGGACCUAGUCGGUCCCUUCGAACUACCAUCUUUUUAAGGCCUAAAAACAUUAUUUGUCGAGGGAGGAGUAUAAUACUUGCACACAUACGUGCAAGUUGGUUGAAGAGGUCCGAUAAAUGCAUAGAAGAUUUCAUAACCACCAAACCACCGUCAUUCUACGAGGAUAACAUUUAUAAGUUACCCAGUAAGCGGUAAAAGACUAUAGAAAAUAACGGUAAAUAUUACAAAACAUAAUACUGUACCUAGUAUUUGUAAUAAAAUCUCCAAGUUAAGAAAAAAA